AUGGAAUACUGUGUGAUGAGCACCUUAAGGAACCUUAUUGACGGGGGCUUGCAUAGAGAUAAGGAGCAAAUUUGGAGGCUUUUUAGAGAGAUCGUUGAGGGUCUGGUACAAAUUCACACUCAGGCGAUGCGCAAGUACUGCGUGGUGUAAUGUUUUUUUUUCUCUUUGCUGCACAGGGCAUUAUUCACCGGGAUCUUAAGCCCGUAAACUUGUUCCUAGAUUCUCUCGGCCGCAUCAAAAUAGGCGACAUUGGCCUUGCAACCACGCACGGCACGACACUCGGAGGCAUGGGUACUGAGGGCACAGAUUCAAUCGCUAAUGGCCAGCCUCUCAAGAUGAACUCAAGCACUAAAGAGAGUAUGACAGGCAAAAUUGGUACUACGCUUUACGUCGCUCCGGAUUUGGGAAAACGGUCUGGCGGCCGAAUGAAUUACAGUCAAAAGGCUGACUUGUAUAGUUUGGGGAUUAUCUUCUUUGAGAUGUGUUACAAGCCUUUAACAACCUCUAUGGAAAGGGUUAAAGUUUUGGGAAAUCAACGAACGGUAAGUGCAUGUUUACCCGUGCUACAAUCAUAUAAAAACGGAAGAAAGUGGUAAUUUUUAUCGUCCACAAGGAGAGAUGAAAAGGGCGUUCAUAUGUUCUACUUUCGAAUGUUUCAGCGUGAAUAGGCUUUUCAUUGUGUUUUAAAUUCACUUUUUUGAGCCUAAAUUGAAAAGGAAGUAAGUAUGCUGAACAAUAUUCCGAGUUUAUAAUCAAGCCUUAGAGGCGACAAAGUCGUAGGUCUUUUCAUUCUCGAGCAUUAAUUUCGCCUUUCAUCAACUCUUUUGGUGUCCCGUUUGUUUCCUAAUUAGAAAGGAAUCAUCUUCCCGACAGAUUUUGACCACAAGGGCCUUGCCAAAGAAAUGAUCGUCUUCAAGUGGCUCCUCAAACAUACCCCCGAGGAACGCCCUACCUCACAAGAACUACUUCAAGGCCAGUAUGUCCCGCCUAAGAUUGAAGAUAGUCAGUUGGACGAAGUGCUCAAACACACACUCGCGUCUACGAACUCUACUCGCUACCAGCGUAUGAUGAAGGCCAUGUUCUCGCAGAACGUUUCUUUAGUUCAAGACAUAACUUACGAUGUUGACGUUUACACGGGACAGGUUUCACCACAUGUUUAUAUUUGUGCAGCAGAUGGUUAA